AUGAGGUAUAUUCUGCUCGUUGCCGUGGUCACUUGUGCCGAAGAUAGAACUGACGUCCAGCGUCACGCCCCGCUGCCAGAAGCACGCGUCGCCGACGGCGUCCUCGAAGGCCGCCUUACGGUGCUCGCCGCUGCCGCUCCACUCACAUAUGAAGUUGUAGUAAAAGGCGAACAGGUCGUCUGGCGUCCGUGGCGGGCGAGUGAGGAGGCAUGUCAGGGAGCUGCAGAGCCUGGUGAGGGGCGACGAUGCGCCGCCGCAGAAGGCGCCGAGGACGUCCAUGAUGGCUCUGCCUGGGCACGCACGGGAGGCCAGCCUGGUGAUGUUGGAGAGGCCCAUCGGCGUCUUGCACGGGAGGCCGGGUGA